AUGGGCAUGUUGGACAUUUUCGGCUUCGAAGUAUUUGAACAUAACUCGCUGGAACAGCUCCUUAUCAACAUCACGAACGAGCACUUGCAGAAACACUUCAUCGAUGUUGUUUUUGAAACCGAGACCAAACUCUACAAAAGUGAGGGCAUUCCCACGGAGUCCUUGGUGUGGACAGAUAACGUACAAAUCAUGGAAACCCUCUGCGGCCCCCGGGAUUCUGUCUUUGCAAUCAUUGAAGAUAUUUGCCUCGGACUUCGUGCGAGUGACGAGGCGCUGUGCGGCAUGAUUGUCCGAAAGCUUGGGGGAAAAGGCAUAGUGUUGCCUUCUCGUCGAGACCAGCGAAUAAAGUUUGUCGUUCGGCACACCAUUGCAGACAUAGAGUACUCAUGUGAUGGUUUCCUGGAGAAGAACCAAGACUUCCUGAAGAGGGAGCUGCUGGACGUUCUCAAGGAAUCGAAAGACACAGUCAUGUCGCAAAUGUUCGAAGGGGUUGUGGUGGAGGCAGGAAAGAUAGGAAAGGGUUCCCUUAUUGCUUCGCAAUUCUUGCGGUCUCUCAAUUCAAUGAUUGGCAUUAUUCGAGGAACCGAACCUCACUUUAUUCGCUGUUUGAAGCCGAACGAAACAAAAAGACCGCUGGAAUGGGAUGCGCCAAAGGUACUCAAUCAGUUGUUUUCUUUGUCUAUUCUUGAGGCCUUGCAGCUGCGACAGAUCGGCUAUUCUUACAGACGAACGUUUGAAGAAUUCGUCAAGCGCUUCCGCUGGCUGGAUUUGGGGGCGGCCAACUCGGACAGAGAUCGUGAAGAAGUGGCUAGAAGCAUGCUUGAGGCUUCUGGCCUUCCACGCGAUGAGUGGGCUAUCGGCAAGACAAUGGUGUUUCUGAAGGCGGAAUCUGCUAGGGCUCUUGAAACGUUGCAAGCAGAGAAGAUGAUGCUGUUCCGUCCAGUGGUUGAGUUUGUUGAGGCGGCUUGGAAACGAAUCUUACUGAAGAGGAAUUUGGAAGCCGUAUUGCCUUCCCUCAUCAGGGUAGAGGCACACUGUAGACGGCAAGUGACACUGGUUGAGCAUGGCGAGCUUGAAUUGAGCCCAGGAUUCACUGAAUCCCUGCUGCAAGGCAUUGACCACAUGCAGCAGGUGAAGGAGCAGCGCGAGAGAGAACGGCAGCAACGGCUGGAAAUGGCAGAACAAAAACGUGCCACCAGGAAACUCACGAAGGAAGAGAAACUUGCGCAACAAGUCCUCCGCAUGUACAAGUCAUGGGACAGUAUGCGCGGCGUGGCGACAAAGCACGAAGGCUUCUUUCCCCCUGAGCUCGAGUAUUUACGAGAGAAAAACAAGCGGCCUGCAGUUGAGCACCGCAUCAAAGAGAAGGGUCAGUUUGCAUGUGGCUACACAUCUGAGUACAGAAGCACCAGCAUACAACAGGCUGCUUUUCUUCAUGUGUUAGAGACAGAGAAGUGCACUUUGAGUGACUCCACGCUCUCACACGUGGCCCGGCAGCAGUCGUUCCAAGACCCUGGGGUGGCGUAUCAUCUUUGGCGUAAUGUGGAGACCCUCUAUCAAGCUCCUCUGAGCGACAAUCGGCUACAGAAUAUAUGCACUUGCUUGCGGGAUGAUAUGGAUAAGAUGUACGGCCAUUUCUGGCAGGUAGUGGUGAACCGAACGGAGGCAUUUGGGCUCGCCACUGCACACGCAAAGACGGAGCGCCACGUUGUAGAUCAGCACGGGGUGUACAGAGACGGCAGAGUCUUCUGUUUCAACAAUAUCAUUUUCAAAUGCGUAAAGCCUUCCCGUGCCGAGAUUAGGCUGCAUGAGGAAGCUUCCGAGAAAUCAUAUCUGUACUGCAGGCGGCACGACUUCUCUGGCCUUGUGCGCGUGCGCAAAAGUUUAGUACCCCCAUACAUGCUUCAAGACGUCUCCUACAUGAUAGGCCAUUUAUUCAACCGAUUUAAAGACAACAGAGACUGGACUGGCUUUGCAGAACGGCUCCAGUCUUACCUUUUGGGCCGCUAUUCAGACCCUCAUGGGGGCUCAUGGAAUGCGUUGGUGCAGGAAGGGUCAUUCUUAGCUACCCGCUUGUGGGUAAAGCACAACAGAUUCUUCCGGGUGGAGAUCGACGGUGCUGCGGAGGCCAAAAACGGCUUCCAGGGCUGCCUCACAAUUGUCUGCUUCGAGGCCUGCACUUCCUCAUGA